GGGGAGGUUUGGGGCUGGGCGUCGUUUUAUCAUGCUGCUCCCGUCUGGGGGAGUCCAGAGUGUCCGAGAGCUCGCAGCCAGUGGAGAGUCGUCUUCGGUCAUCGGGAGUCCGCAGUCCAGCCUUCGACAGCGCCUUCAACGCCAAUGAACUGAGUGCCCGCCCCUCAGCUCCAGGUCUCCGCCAGCAUGGAUAGCUUCCCCAACUCCUCCGACCACCUGCACGAGCACAACGGCUCGCUGCCCUGGUUCUUCUACGAGUGCACGCUGGAGCUGAACGAGGACGCACGGCGCAUGGUGCUCUUCCUACUCUACCUGCUGCUCUUCAUGGUGGGGCUGGCGGAGAACGCCCUGGUGGUGUGGGUGAACUGGCGGCGCCGCCACUCGCGGAGCGGGGUGACCUUCUGCGUGCUGAACGUGGGCGUGGCGGACCUGUGCGUGAUGCUGGUGUUGCCUUUCUACAUGCUGGAGGUCAUCCUGAACAGGGUGUGGCUCUGGGGCCGCACCCUCUGCAAGGUGACGCACCUGGUCUUUGUGGUCAACAUGUAUGGCAGCACCUUCUUCCUGGCCUACAUGACGGUGGAGCGCUACCUGUCCCUGGCCCGGCCCGCGCAGAGCUGGGGCCCGCCGGAGAGGCGGCGCCGGGCGCUGAUCUGCGGCUCGCUGUGGGCGCUGGCCCUGUUCCUGACGCUGAUCGAGAACGUGCACGUGGACCUGCUGGAGUGGGACGAGCCCGGCUGCUACAUGCUGCCCUCGCACAGCUUCGCCGAGUGGUACACGGCCGUCACCCUCAUCUGCCUGGUCUUCGAGUUCCUCAUUCCCGGCGCCAUCAUCGUCACCUUCAACAUCCUCAUCGCCCGCGCCGUGAAGGCCGUGCCCGGCGUGGAGGGGCGGCGGGACUGCUGGAUAGUGCACGUCUACUCGCUGGUGUUCGUGCUCUGCUGGCUGCCCUACCACCUGGUCAUGUUCCUGCUCAUGCUGGACGACCUGUCGCCCACCAGCUUCAGCUGCAACCUGGUGGAGCUGCUGUACUUCUCCUACUGCAUCGUGGAGUGCAUCUCCCUCUUCCACUGCGUCGCCAACCCCAUCCUGUACAAUUUCCUGAGCAAGAGCUUCCGCACCGACCUGAUCAACACCGUGGUGCGCUACAUCCCCCGCGAGGCCGCCCAAGCCGAGCCCCACGACGCCAACGGCAAGCCUGCGGGGGCCAGGAGGAAGGACCGGGAGGCCAGUGACUCCACCACCAGCCACUCGGUCGUCAUCUCUUAGGAAGGCACGGGGAGCUGUCCGUGGGGGCGCCCGGGGCAGGUGGCAGGCUAGUUGGCAUCGGAACCGUCCGCCGCCCUGCGCCGCAGCUCCCAGCUCCUCUUCCGGUUAGCUCCUUCGCUCCCCUCCCUGCGAUCCCGCAGGCGCCCCCUCACCGGGCCGGCCUGUGCUGGAGCUUUCUCCUUUGUUGUUUCUUUUGCGCAGCCCGGCCCAAAACAAAUCCAUACCAGAACCUUUUCAGACAACCAGGCCGGCGGCUGCCCUGAACAGCGCAAGCUCCCGGGAAUAAAACGGCUCGAUGAAUUCCCUGAUCUCUCGGGAGCUCGGCCGGGAGCUCGUCAUUCUGGAACUCAGCCUCUUAACGGCCCGUCAGGAAGCACGCGGACAGCCCGGCUCCCGAGCUGCUCCCAGUCCCUGCAGACACAGAACACACCCCAGCAGGCUGCCUUCGUCACUCUCUGUAUCCCCUGUCCGAAUUCUUAUCGGCUCACCUUGGCUAGCUGGUAGUGUUCUCCCUGUGUGCGCUGGCCUUAGUCAUUUUUAAUAAUUUAUUCCUGUUGUAGUCUAUAUCCUUGUAUUAAAACUAUUACAAUCUUCAUAUAUGCUGUAUAUAUUGUAAAACACCCUGGUCAAGGGUAUGUGCUACACAAAUAAAUAAUUUACAGUGAGACAAUAA